CGCCCCCCCCCACCCGCUCACCUUAAAACCAUCGUGCAUCACCAUGGCGAGUUGCUCCUUCGCUCGAGACCAAGCGACAAGGAGACUGAGAGCUGCAACAGCGGCAACAGCGGCUAUAGCUGCGGUGGCGACCACCCCACUUCCUUCAUCGGGAACCCCGACCGCACUCAUUGGGACCGGGUCGUCCUGUCCGGGAGCCAUGUGGCUCUCCACGGCCACUGGCUCCCGGUCAGACUCCGAGUCCGAUGAGGAGGAUCUCCCCGUCGGGGACGAAGUCUGCAAACGCGGAUACCUGCGGAAGCAGAAGCAUGGGCACAGGCGCUACUUCGUGCUCAAACUCGAGACCGCCGACGCCCCAGCUCGGCUGGAAUACUACGAAAAUGCCAGGAAGUUCCGGCACAGUGUCCGCGCCGCGGCGGCUGCAGCAGCGGCGGCCGCCUCUGGCGCCACGGUCCCCGCGCUCAUCCCACCGCGGCGCGUGAUCACCUUGUACCAGUGCUUCUCGGUGAGCCAGCGAGCCGACGCAAGGUACCGACACCUCAUCGCCCUUUUCACCCAGGACGAGUACUUCGCGAUGGUGGCCGAGAACGAGUCGGAGCAAGAGAGCUGGUACUUGCUGCUCAGCCGCCUCAUCCUCGAGAGCAAGCGCCGCCGCUGCGGCACGCCCGGCGCGCAGCCGGAUGGAGAGCCGGCAGCGCUGGCGGCUGCAGCGGCGGCGGAGCCACCCUUCUACAAAGAUGUGUGGCAGGUAAUAGUCAAACCCAGGGGGCUGGGGCACAGAAAAGAGCUGAGCGGCGUGUUCCGGCUCUGUCUUACCGACGAAGAGGUUGUAUUUGUGAGGCUGAAUACCGAGGUGGCCAGCGUGGUCGUCCAGCUCCUGAGCAUCCGUCGCUGCGGGCACUCGGAGCAGUAUUUCUUCUUAGAAGUGGGCAGGUCCACCGUCAUCGGUCCGGGGGAGCUCUGGAUGCAGGUCGAUGACUGUGUGGUGGCCCAAAACAUGCAUGAGCUGUUUUUGGAGAAGAUGAGAGCCUUGUGUGCAGACGAAUACAGAGCCCGCUGCCGCAGCUACAGCAUCAGCAUCGGCGCCCACCUGUUAACCCUGCUGUCCGCUAGGAGGCACCUGGACAUGCUGCCGCUGGAGCCCGGCGGCUGGCUCAGAAGGUCCCGCUUUGAGCAGUUUUGCCACCUCAGGGCCAUUGGUGACGGGGAAGACGAGAUGCUCCUCACCAGGCGCUACAUAACACCCAGAGAGCCUGUACCCCCCUCGAGGCGGGGAAGACCGCACCUGCCCCGAGCGCGCAGGUCCAGGAGAGCAGUUUCGGUGCCAGCCAGCUUUUUUCGCCGCUUAGCACCCAGCCCGGUGCGUGCCCCGCACCCUGCAGAAGCCUCCAACGAUGGAGCUUGCCUGUCUUCUGAAGCAUCUGGUUCUGGCUCUGGCAACUCUGGGGAAGAAGGCAGUCCUGAGGGUAAAGAGGGUCAGGAAGGAAAUGGAGGCGACUACAUGCCCAUGAACAGCUGGGGCUCGGGAAAUGGCCGGGGCUCAGGUGGUGGCCAGGGCUCAAGUGGCCAAGGCUCCAGUAGCCAGAGCUCAGAAGGAAACCAGUGCUCAGGGGGAGGGCAGGGCUCCAGAGGUGGCCAGGGCUCAAGUGGCAGCCAGGGCUCAGGGGGCCACGGUGCAGGAGGAAACCAGUGCUCAGGAGAUGGCCAAGGCACCACAGGUGGUCAUGGCUCAGGUGGUGGCCAGGGAGCUGGAGGUGGUCACGGCUCAGGCAGUGGCCAGGGACCUGGGGAUGGCCAUGGCUCAGGCAGUGGCAAGAACUCUGGAGGGGGCAAAGGCUCAGGAAGUGGGAAAGGCUCCGAUGGCAAUGGUGAACGUGGAAAAUCUCUGAAGAAAAGAUCCUACUUUGGCAAAUUAACUCAAAGCAAGCAACAGCAAAUGCCACCACCUCCACCUCCGCCUCCGCCAGCUGGAGCAACUGGUGGAAAAGGCAAGUCUGGGGGAAGGUUCCGACUUUAUUUUUGUGCUGACAGAGGAGCCGCAAAAGAACGCAAAGAAGUCAAAGAGGCAGAGACCCCAGAGGGUGCAGCUCGGGGUCCCCACAGAGUCAGAGCUUUUGAUGAAGAUGAGGAUGACCCAUACGUGCCAAUGAGGCCAGGGGUGGCUGCCCCUCUCGCAAGCUCCAGUGAUUAUAUGCCAAUGGCUCCUCACAACGUCUCUGCUUCAAAAAAGCGCCACUCUCGAUCACCUUUUGAAGAUUCAAGAGGCUACAUGAUGAUGUUUCCCAGGGUGAGCCCACCCUCUGCCCCAAGUCCUCCAAAAGCACCCGAUCCUGAUAAAGAGGAUGACUCAAAGGAUAAUGACAGUGACAGUGACUACAUGUUUAUGGCUCCUGGGGCCGGUGCAAUUCCAAAAAACCCCAGAAAUCCUCAGGGUGGCUCUUCCUCCAAAAGUUGGAGUUCCUACUUCUCUCUGCCAAAUCCUUUUCGGAGCUCCCCACUGGGACAGAGUGACCACAGUGAGUAUGUUCCAAUGUUACCUGGAAAAUUACUGGGGAAGGGCCUGGACAAAGAAGCCUCAUCUAAGGGAGGCCCCAAAGAUGCAGCUUCAACGCCUUCAGUUGAGGGGUCAUUCUCAAAGCCUGGUGAUGGGGGUUUACCUUCAAAGCCCUCAGAUGAGGGGCCCCCCAAGAUCAAGGCUAAGAGACCUAACCGACUUUCUUUUAUUACAAAAGGAAAUAAAAUCAAGCCAAAACCACAAAAGCCCACACGUGAGCGGAGACAAGCUGACAGCUCUAGUGACUACGUCAACAUUGACUUCACUAAAAGAGACAGCAAUAUGCCAGCACCCUCUACUCAAGGACUGCCAGAUUUGUGGGGCAUAAUUGCCGACCCCAGACAGUCAGCCUUUUCCAAUUAUGUGAAUGUUGAGUUCGGAGUGCCAUUUCCAAAUCCAGCAAACAACCUCUCAGAUCUUUUAAGAGCUAUUCCAGGUGCCAGCCCCCUCUCUCUGGACGGUGCUAGGUGGCCACUUCCGCCUCUUCCUCCCAGUGCUACAGGGAGCAAUGCUCAUGAGGAAGAGGGUGACUACAUUGAAGUGAUUUUCAACCCAGCAAUGACACCAGCCGUGCCUUUUGCUGACAGUGCCAUUCGCUAUGAUGCUGAAACAGGUCGAAUCUAUGUGGUCGACCCAUUUUCUGAGUGCUGUAUGGACAUUUCUCUCUCUCCCAGCCGAUGCUCUGAACCACCACCUGUAGCGAGGCUGCUGCAGGAAGAAGAGCUAGAGAGAAGACGCCCGCAAAGCCGUUCGCAAAGUUUCUUUGCAUCCGCCAGAGCCGCGGUCUCAGCUUUCCCAACGGACAGUCUCGAGAGAGAUCUCUCCGCCUCCGUAGCCUCGGCCACCGCUUCGGCCGCCGCGCCAAACUUAGCCGUGGGCCGGGCUUUAGCCGCCGCCUCCGCCCUCGCCGCGGCCCCGGGCAUCGGCGCAGCCGCCGCCGGCUUCGAGGCCGCCGCUGGAUUUGACUCCGCCUCCGUCCGCUGGUUCCAACCUGUUGCUAAUGCUGCUGAUGCUGAAGCAGUAACGGGGGCCCAAGAUGUUGCCAGUGGCUCGAACCCUAGAGCCCAAAACCCAUCUGCAGACCUUGCCGGUGGUGAGAAUGGGACCGGCGAGGCUGCCGCUGCAGCUGCCGUUCCCCCACCACCACCACCUCGCCGCCGGGUGCUGAGACCCCCCGAGCGAGAAGAUUCUGACGACGACGACACGUACGUGAGAAUGGACUUUGCCAGACCUGACAACAAGAAGUUCGACUCUCCCCAAAGAGAGUGAUUACAUUGCCACAAAAACACAUUUUAGAAGAAAAGUGAUGCUUAUGGAAUUUCAUCUUUGUCUACUCCAGAUCUGCCUAAAAGAAAGAAAAUUCAGAGGCUUCUGAAUAGAAAGCGACCUGAAUUUCUAAAAGCCUACAAGUGAAUGCUGGCAGUUGAAUGAUCCUAACACAGAUCAUUCUUACUGCAGCCUUAUGGAUCCAGUGAUUUUGAAUUAAGAAAUUCACGCUGUGUUUUUGUUUUCUGGUUUCCUUCCUCAAUCUAUCUCUUUGAAAAGAAACAAGUACUAUAAUAGUGAGCGUCUCAUAACUCUUUUCUCUCUUAAAAAAAAUGUUAUUUACAUAUGUGUGUAUGUGGCCAAUACCAAUUUUACUGAUGUAUAAUACUUAGAUUUAGUUUUGAAGUUGAAAAUCCUUUAAACAAAAGCAGAUAAAGGAAAAAGUUAUGUUCAUGAGAAGGUAGGUAUGGUCUGAAAUCGUUUUUUUCUGAGUAGUACAUACGUGAAAACAUUUCUUGAUCAAGGAAUUAAUUGUCAACUGAACUGAUAUAUUGAUGGGACAUUUCCAGUGUUUUAAAGGCAGGACCAAAGGGCAGAUUAGCUCAAUAUUUGUUCAUUAAUAAAACUGCAAGAUUCUGUCCUCAUUAAACGUCAACUAAACUGAUAUCUUGAUUGAGCAUUUCCAACAUUUUAAGGGCAGAACUGAGGAAAAGAUUAUCUAUUUCUUCGUAUACAACACUGUGAUGUUCUGCUUGCAAAUCAAUUGAGCAUUUCUAAAACCAUUAUUAUUUUUUUAAUUUUGAAACCUGCAUUUUCCCCCUAAAAGAAGCAAAGUUCUUCAAAAGUCUCCUCACAAAGCCCCUCUCUGCCUCUCUGGGCCUCCUCUCUUUCACCCUCUUUCUGGCUCUCUCCUCGACACACACUCUCCCUCCUGUGCCCAGGGCUCCUAUAAAGAGAUCAGUUUCCCAUAUUCAAGAAAUUAGAGUGUACAUAUCAAUCAAUCUUCUGACUAAAACUUAAGCCAAAAGGAACCUCUUAUAAGGCCUUGUUUUUCUUUGGACAAUGAGCCUAUGUAAGAUGUACCAAAUUAAAAAAAAAAAUCAAAGUAAGCUUCCCCCUCCUGUUUUUGCUUGCCUCUUAUGGAAACUGAAUUAAGAUUUUAGGAACCUGGACCUUUGAGCACAUGACACUAACAGGUGGUGAUCACAGAUGAUAGGUACAAAGGUCUUGAAACUUGCUUAGAGCUUUGUUAUGUGGUGGCGCACAAAUCAUGACUUGUACCAUCACUGGCAAACCUCAUCUUAUCACAGAUGGGUGUGAGUGUAUAAGUAUGUGAGUGCUAAUGUGUGUGUGCACAUAUUUGUGUGUAUGCACACCUUUGUGUACCUGUGUACAUGUGAUUGUAGAUGUACCUGUUGUGUGUAACUCUGUUAAAAAAAUUGCUUCGCAUUUAACGUGCAACUUUGAAGUAGUGUAAUAUUUACCUAAAGAUUUUCACCACUCGAUUUUGAUGUCUUUAAACGUGUACUUCUAUCUUCAAGCAGGCUUAUAGUACAUGUUGCUAAACUAACUUUUCUGAAGAACUGAGUUGACUUCUUUUAUUUUUCUUUGCCUACCAACCAAGGGAUGGGGGCUCUUUUUUUACCCCUGUGAAUGGUGCUGAGGAGAGGAUGUGGCUGCAGUACCAAUCACUACUCAGUUACUGGUCACUGCCAGGGCAUCAAUUUCAUCAGUUCCUUCAGACUCUUCUCUUUUUCCAACCUAAUCAAACAAUGCAGUGUGGCUUUUGUUCAUUAUGAUAACAAUGCACUCUUUAGGCAGCCUUUUUUCAAGCCUCUGUCACCAUUUUGUUUUCAAGUAAGUUAAGUCAUAAUCGUUCAGAAUUGUGGAAAGAAAAUAUUAUUUGGGGGAAAACGCUAUAUUGCUUUAUUUGCAUAUUAGGUUCAGGGGCUGCCAGAAGACAGGGUACAGCACAGAUGUAACACUUGCUGAAUAAAUGAAUGGAAAACCUCAUACAGCACAGUACAUACAAAUAGUAACAGGUACAAGUAGUCACAGGUACAGCAUAACAAAUAUGCAAUCUUUUUGACACUACUUAUUAGUUUACAGACACAACUAAUUUAUUCAGUAUUGUGCUGGAAGAAUCGUUUUAGGAUAUGUGUACCAACAUAUCACUUACCUUCCAGCUAUCAGUUUAUGCUGCUGUUAAGAAAAACCAAUGAUGGAACGAUUUUUUUGUGACCUCUACAUUUAAUUUGGUAUCAGACAUAGUCACUUGGUCAGUAAAAACUAAAACUUUACAGUUCCAACAGUUCAUUACAUUUGCUAUUUCUGCUUCACAGAUCUGCUUUGAGUUGCUCUGGCUUUGUCUUCCUUUGUAAAUACUCUUAUACUCUCUUUUCUUUGUAAACAUCUCAUUUGAAGUUUUGGGAGACAACCUUGCAACUCUGUAUAGUGUUUAUAUAUAUAUCUGACUUGCCUUUCCAUAGAGCUACUCGCAAUAAAUGUGUUCA